AUGAGUGACCACGGUCACGACCUCCGCUCCAGUGGCAAGAAACUGAUUCAACUCCUCUUUGAGACUCGUCCCGGAAAACCGCCUUUGAUCCCGUCUCAACUACCACGGAAUCGACGGAGUGGACGCGUUAUGUCGAGUGCGGCCGCAGACGAUACGUGGCAGGCCAUCGAGCCUCAGGGGCUCGCGCUGGGUCUUUUGGUCACUACCGUCACGUUGGCGAUUCUAACGACUAUCGUCAUGGCCAUGCGCAUGUUUAUUCGAUUCAAGACGAACAAAAUCGGCUCCGACGACUGGGCCAUGUUGACAGGAUUCUCUGUUAACUUGGGCCAAUCCGCUGUUGCGAUUUACGGGUCUUUUACCGGUAUUGCGAGUAGAGAUGAGACAAUGAAUCAGGCGACGAGCAUUGAGGGCUACAAGACACUAUUGAUCUGGCAAGCUUUCUACGCCGGCAGCUUGUGCUUCAUCAAAUCCAGCAUCUGCAUCACCCUCAUGCGCAUCACGAACCAAAAAGUCUACCUGUGGAUCCUGCGAGGAUUGAUAGGUCUCUCCUUUCUGAUGAGCGGUUCUGGCCUUAUCGUCAUUCUGAAUCAGUGUCACCCCCUCGAUAAGUACUGGGACAAGAGGAUACCGGGCACCUGCUGGCCACCGAUCGUAGCCACCGCGCUCUCUUACGGGGCCUCCGUCGCCAACGUCAUCACCGACUUCAGCGUUGCGGCAAUUCCGUUCUUUCUGCUUCGGCAUGUACAGAUGCGUUCUCGACUCAAAUUCUACGUACGGCUAAUUCUGGGAUUGGGUCUCUUGGCUGGUAUCGCGAGCAUCAUCCGAGUCCCUUUUACGAAUGCUUACAUGAAAGCCAGUGAUAUUCUGUGUAACAUAGUCCUCUGGACUAUCGUCGAAUGUGGCCUAGGCAUCAUUGCUGGCUCGCUACCGAUGCUACGAGCCUUCUUCAAGCGGCUGGCCAAGGAUACCAGCACACAGGAACCCUACAAUCGUUCGGGUGAUACCAAUCUCGUAACCUUUGGGCAGGGCAAGGGACGACAGGGGCCGAUAUACGAAACGGAUUUGGGAGUGACGGUGAUCGGAGGAGCUGGGGAUAAUGAGAGCAACAACAGCAACCAUGACGAUGACGCGGAGAGCACGCGGCGAAUCAUUAAGGUCACGAGAGAAGUACGGCAUAGUGUUACUGAAGAGAGGGAGACUUUACCGGUGAAGAGGUGACGCGUGUAUGAUUCAGAGUUGAUAAGAGCGUCUGUGAAUGAAUAGGUACUCGUACCCAAGUAACAUGGAACCUCUUGUCUACAAGAUGGAGGGUGUUCCAGACAGGAAUGCGACGCCAUCCGUCAAGGCGUGCUGUCGCUGCGCAUGGAAUUCGCAUGAGACUCUAAUUGGUGUACCGCAGCCAUUAUACGCAAACCAAAUUCGACCACUUGUGACUUCAUUGGGACUAGAUAUUCAAGUGUGUUC